AUGAACGGAUCAGCACGCUCAUUUCAUCCUACUACCAAUUAUCCUCCACCCACAGGAACCGCCAACGGCCACUACCAGAACAACACAACGCCCAGCCAGGUGAGAGCUCCUCCCUCCUCUCCAUAUCUCGAGGCUCGGCUCCUCAACCUGGAAGAGGAGCAUUGUUCCUUGCGUUCCGACGUCAACAUCUUGAAUGAGCUAUGUCACAGUCUCCACGACUCAGUCAACACGCUGAAGAAAGGUGGCUGGCCGGUGCAUGUUGGCCCUUUUCAGGAAUGUGAUGCCAUCGAGUCGCACCAGAGCGCUCUGCGGUUCAAGGAAGAGCUCGACCAGAUUACUAACGAGGUGUGUAAGUCACAUGAUAGCGAUGCUAACAAGAAGAAGAACGGUAUAGGCGUUUCGAAACACAGCGGCAGCAUGCCAUCUAAUCUGAAGACUACAAGCGCCACCAGCAACGGAGCGAGCCCAAAGUCCGUUCCGCCACACUUGCGAGGCGCCAAGAAGACCGAGAGCAAAGCUGUCAAUGGUGCUUCAGGACCUUUUUCGGACAAGACCAAGGACAAGUAUGAGCCCCUCAUCACCGAUGGUCCGAUCGAUACCUCUAUCGUUGAGCGGCGAGCCCCAGCCUUGAGUCCUUCCUCGUCGACCACAACAGCCGUCCAGGGAGUCGUUCCAACCAAGAACAUCGAGAACAUGUCCUUAGACAAAGACUGGCAGCCUUACUACCUGACCACACUGAAACCUCUUUCUCCAGAUAUUCUGUCGAAGGUCCCUUCCAAAGACAUGAUCACAUUCCAUCCAGAAUUCAUCAAGAAUCAUCUUGGAGGUGUCAUCUGGUCUCCGGGCCUCCGUUUCGUCGACACCGAUGGACCAUGUAUCUUGAAGAACCGUACUUACUACGAGCUGGAUCCCAACAUUGAUCCCUACCUCCCGAUGGCUCCGGGCGGACAUGGUGCCAAGCUCACCGCGUUCUUCAACCAGUCCCCAGAAGAGACCCAUGGCGACCUUUUCGCAGAAAACACCAAUACCUACGAGAAUGUUCCGAUGUUCGUCGAGCAGAACAAUGCCAAGGGUCAGAUUCGCUACAUUUACUUCGGGAACUAUUCGCAGACCCGCUGGUCCGACAAGCUAGACUACGACACAUUGAAGACCAAGGUGCCUCAGCACGUUAAGGAGUAUCACGCCAGGGAGUUGACUGACACCGUGGCCCGCGAGGAGUGGGUCACCGAGGCACUCAAGAAGCACUUCUUCCCGAAACCGGAGUACGAAGGACGCAUCUAUGCUGCUUCCACAGACGCUACCACCCACGACAUCGAGGAUGAGGUGAAACAUAACGAGAGGAUGAUCAAGGACGUGAAGAGCUACGUCAAAAGCCUUCGCGAUUGGGAGCGUGAUGCCAGUAUGAAGACUGCCCACAUCAAGAAGCAGGCAAUCCUUGCUGCAUUCGAUGCUGCUGAUGUUGAUGAUCCGCCCGCCCUUCGCCUAUGGUGGGAAUACCUCGAGUGCGUCGACUGGAACCAGGACUUCUACAACUUGCUUGUCACUCUCCAGUCCCGCAACAAGGAAAGUUACUUUGCCUAA